AUGAAAUUGAGUUGGAUUUCAGAGCAAGCUGAAGAUAACAAAACCGAGAAUGAAAUGGAGUUGGAUUUAUUAGAGCAAGCUGAAGAUGAAAAAGUGGACGAGGAAGAGCCAGCUAAGAAAUUAACCCGAAUAAGACAAAGGCAUGCAGAAAAAUGGGCAAGUAAUAUCAGAAAAGAAUGUUUUGACAGGGGAGAAGAAUAUAUUUCGGUUCGAAAAAAAAUAGUGCCUGCUAGGAAAAUAAAAACAAAGAAAGAUUGUUUAAACAAAUGCAUUUAUAAAUGCGCUCAAAAAGUGAGUGAGAACCAGAGAAGAGAAAUAUUUUCCAAUUACUACAAACUAGACGCAAAUGAAAAGAGAAUGUUUAUCUUAAACAUAACAGUAAUGUUUCAUCCAGAAAGAAGAAGGAAGGGGAAAAAUGCUAUGAAUUCCAAAAAACAGAAUAGUUUUACAUAUUUUUUUACUAUCCAAAACGACAAAAUUCAGCCGAAAAAAGAUCGGUGCGAUUUAUGCGCAGAGAUUGAAAUAAAAGGAAAUGAAGAAAAUGUUUCUGAAGAACUUGGAAUUGAAUAUAAAAAGCAUCUUAAAGAGAAACAGGCCAUGAGGGAAAACAGAAAAAAGGAUAGAGAAAACGAUAUUCCGGUUCUAUGCUUUGAUCUGGAAAAUGUUUUGAGUUGUCCCAAAGCCGAGAUUAAAAACUUUUUCUAUAAAAGUAAACUUAGCGUUUACAACAUGACUGCUCAUUUAUCUGUAAAUAAAGACGUCUAUUGUGCGGUGUGGUCGGAAGCUGUACAUGGAAGGAGUGGCAACGACAUUGCAAGCGCUGUGUAUAAAAUUUUAAAUCAGGUCUUGUAG